GCUCCUAACCAAUAAUCUUUUGCUGUACGACAAAAUUACUGUUUUUGGUUGACGAACGUUUACUUUGUGUUAGAUUAUAAGUGUAGAAGUCUACAAAGAAACAUUUUUUCAAUUUUGGGGUUACGUUUGAAGGAUUUCUUGAAAAAUGGCUCGUACAAAACAAACGGCUCGAAAGUCAACGGGAGGAAAAGCUCCACGUAAACAACUGGCAACCAAAGCGGCUCGUAAGAGUGCACCUUCUACAGGUGGCGUGAAGAAACCUCAUCGCUAUAGGCCUGGAACCGUAGCCCUGAGAGAAAUCAGACGUUAUCAGAAGUCGACCGAAUUACUGAUCAGGAAAUUACCAUUCCAGCGUCUUGUGAGAGAAAUAGCACAGGAUUUCAAAACUGAUCUGAGAUUUCAGAGUGCAGCUAUUGGAGCACUUCAAGAAGCCAGUGAGGCCUACUUGGUUGGCCUCUUUGAAGACACCAACUUGUGUGCCAUCCAUGCAAAACGUGUCACAAUCAUGCCAAAAGACAUCCAGCUGGCAAGACGAAUUCGUGGGGAACGUGCAUAAGCGUCGGCUGUAUUUUACAAGCACCUUCAGUUCUCAUAUUCACAGUUCAAUUCCGUCUAUACAUACUAAACUUAAAACAGAGGGAUUGUAAUAUUUUUAUUUUUAACACCAUCGUAAUGAAAUUGUUUUGAGAAAUAACUUAUUUACUGCUCAGAUAUAUAUAUUUGGUGACAGUCUGGCUGGGAUUGCUGUUUUUGUAAAAUCAUUUUAUUUUAAGUUUGUGUUGUACUGCUUUAGUGAGAUUCUGAUAUAUAUAAAGUUAACCAGAAUCAUGAGUACUGUUUAAUGUCAGUACUUUAGGACUAAACCAGGGUAACAGAAUGAUGAAAAUCUCCGAAGAUAUGAAGGAGCCAAGGGUGGAAGGAUUGAACCAAAGUCACUCACUUCCUCAUCAUGGCUCCUCUUCGGUGGUGAAUUAAAAACAACACACAUCUCAGUGAAUUUAAUGCCGGUGUUGGAUUGGAGAUAGUUUACAUAAAAUGAUCUUUUUCUCCUGAACUAUACAUCGACGUAGCAUUUUUUGUUGACGAUAGUACUUGUCAAAUGAACUCUUACUUCACUGAAAGUCGGAGAUUGCCGACACGUUCCUUUUGGCUGUACGGUAAAAUCUUUUAAGUCCUGACCAAAUUCAUCGUAUCACACUGUGUGCACUUGCUCAACUAUUCUGUAACCCUGGGUUAAACCCUCUACAGAGCUGAGAUCAGGUGACAAACCAUUGCACUGCCAGAAACAUACAUAAUCCUAUAGCACAGACUAAAACUUAACAAGACAUGAUAUUCACUUAACAUUAAGUCUUUUUUUUUUUUAUUUUACAAAAUAGUUUGACUCAAAAGAGAUAAUAUUUCACCAUAACAUUAUGUCAUUCGCUGCGGCUGUCGCGUACACGAGUCAGACUUUUUUCUUCUGUAAGCUGUGGCUAUGUCGUACGUGGGAUUUUAUUUUUUAAUUUUAUGCGUGAACUGGUAAUGGGUAUUUAUAACGGUUGAGACACUCCAUCCACCCAAGCAUUGUUACUUAACAAUGAGACAAUCAUUUUUCUUUUUUUGUCUUUUCUCGUUAGUACCCUUCGGAUGUCUUUGAAACCCCAUAUAAGGCACAGCUGCAGGAUACAGAAAAAAAAAAACAAGUCUGAUCUGGGUGCAUGACAGCUGUACUGAAUGGGUUUAAACAACAUAAACUCUAAGUUUCAGAUUUUAAGGUUUUGUGUAGGAAAGAGUUUCGUAAUUUUUGUUUUUACAGUUUGAAAAUAUCAGGAUGUCUGAUUUUAACAUUAACUGAAGUGUUCAUCAGUUUUAUUAUGAUACUUAUCCAGAAAGAAAUGAAUGAGAGUAAGCGAUUUUAGUUAUUUAUCAACAAUAGUACAGCACAUAACCAGAACUGUUAACAUUUAGUUGGUGUAUAAGAUCAGUAACUGGAACCUAACAUAUUAAAUAAGUGAAAAUGUCUCCGUUACCAUAUUUUAACAUUUAGUUGGUGUAUAAGAUCAGUAACUGGAACCUAACAUAUUAAAUAAGUGAAAAUGUCUCCGUUACCAUAUUUUAACAUUUAGUUGG